AUGGCCGCCAAACUAAAGCAAAUUGGUUUCAAACAAAUGAAAUGCGAUUUCAAUUACAAGUCUAUUAGCGACGAAGUCAUACAAGAGUACAGAAAUGCAAACAAUGAAAAUCAUGUGUUGUUUCGGGUGUUGAAUAAAAUGUUGUCCGAAAUGGUGGACGAAAAUAAAAACAUCAAAAACGAGACAAAUGUGACAAAAGUGUUGUCUGAGAUUCACACGAAUCCUGAGUACGAUUUGAGUCGAGAUAUCGUGAAUCAAGUGUCGAGAAGCGAGCGAAUGGUGCGGACACUGGUCGACACGGUUUGCGAAAAUAUGGUCACAAUUAAGGAGUUGAAAGUCACGGAAAUUAAUUUCAGUCGCGAUUUGUUGGUCAAAGAAGUGGAUCAGUUUAUAUCACACUUCCGUAUUCUGCCCUUUGAUGUCGAGUACAAACUGAUCGUUAAGUCCAAACAAGAUGUCGUCGAUGUCUAUAAGGAAAAGGCACAGGAAUGGGAUGUUAAGGAUAGCGUGCCAUUAAAACCGUCACAUUUGGUGAUCAUGAGAGACACACCGGACUUAUGGCCAAUAGAUUUGCAGACAUUUAUGCAGGACUUGUAUGACUCGAUCCAAUCAAACGGAUUCCUAUUAACUGUAUUCCGCUAUAAGUUUACGGAACCGGAGAUCGCGUUGAACUCAUUGAACGGAAAGGCUGUUCUCAAUAACACUGAAUUGGGUCUACGUUUGGAAAAGUUUAUUAAAAUCGCGAACCAAAUUGGUUUCCGACUGAUCAGUACAAAGAGUGAUACGAUUGGAAACAUUGCUAUAUUAUUCAGAAAUAUUGUUCAGAAACCCAUUCCUAGUAAUAAUGAUAUCAUUAACAUAACGGGCAAUGAUUACAAUCAAUGGUUUGGAGUAUUGCAGGAAAGACUGAUUGCCGCUAAAGAUGCGGACAAUAAGACGGAUAACGUAUGGCUCGUAGCCAACGACUCGUCCAUUAACGGGAUAAUAGGUCUCAUGAAUUGCUUGCGAUUAGAACCGGGAGGAGAGAACUGGAGAUAUAUUUUCAAUUACGACAACAAUAGUGAGAAAAUAGACUUCAAUGUCAGCCCUUAUAGCGAUAUAUUGGCCAACGAUUUGGUGGCGAAUGUCGUGAAAGAGGGAAAAGUGGGAACUUAUAGACACCUAAAACUGACCGCCGAUUACGACAAGUGCGAGUCCACCGACUAUUACCUAAACUCGGGAAAAAUGGGUGAUUUGGGAGGUAUUCAAUGGUAUGACUCCAGACGUAUCCCUCAGAUUAAAGAGAUAUAUGGCGUGAAUAAUAAAGUAAUUAAGAAAACACGUGUCGAGAUAUAUUGCGCCGGUAUCUCAUUUCACGACGUUAUGUACGCAACCGGUCGCAUACCAUUUGGCCCUGAGCAGGUGUUUACUGAUUGCACGCUUGGUUGCGAAUAUGUAGGUCGACGGGCGGACACCGGGGAACGGGUGAUGGGUAUAGACAUGGGCCGUACGUUUUCCACGUCUAUUAACGCCAACCUUCACAGCAUGACUACCGUUCCCGAGCACUGGUCUAUGACUGAGGCGGCGACUAUACUCAGCACUUAUUGCACACUGUAUUACGCGCUCAUCAAAAGGGCUAAUUUGAAACGAGGCGAAAGUAUAUUAAUUCAUUCGGCAGCGGGAGGUGUGGGACAGUCGGCUAUAAACAUGUGCCGACACUACGGGUGCGAUAUCUACGUGACGGUCGGGACUGAAGAGAAAAAGCAAUUUCUUAUGAAGGAGUAUAACAUACCGGAGCACCGGAUAUUCAACUCGAGGGACAUACUGUUCAAGAAUCAAGUGAAAAAGGCUACAAGAGGUCUAGGGGUGGACAUUGUGCUGAACUCCCUGUCCGGCGAGAAACUGGACGCCAGCUACGAAUGCGUGGCCAAUAGCGGGAGGUUUGUGGAGAUCGGACGGUACGAUAUGUUUCAGAAUCGGAAGCUCGGAAUGUUUGACUUCGUCCGCAACAUACAGUUCAUCGGUAUUGUCAUCGAUAUCGUCAUCAUGUAUGACAUGGACUUCUUCCACGAGUUCUUCGAGUGGGUCCACAAAAACUCGACCAAUGGGUGCGUCCGACCUCUGACUUACACCACAUUCAAUGUCACUGAAUGCGAGAAUGCUUUCCGGUAUAUGACGACCGGUAAGCAUAUGGGGAAAGUGGUCAUCGAAAUGCGCAAGGAGGAAACUAAUCGCAAACCAUUCAAACUGAUUAAGUCGGCACCAAUGACCAUGGUAACCGUUAAGACAUUUUUCGAUCCCAACAAGGUCUAUAUAAUCACCGGCGGGUUGGGCGGGUUCGGUAUGGAACUGGUGCCCUGGAUGCUGUAUUAUGGCGCCAGGAGGUUUGUGGUCACAUCGAGGACGGGGCUUAAAACGGACUACCAACGCUGGGUGUAUAACCGGGCUUAUUCAUUUUAUGACGAUUUCAAGUAUUUUAAGUGCGAAUAUGUCGUGUCGACCGCCGAUGGGUUCACUAUUGACGGCACAAACGAGUUGUUAAAAGAGGCCCAAAAGUUGGGACCCAUUGGAGGGGUAUUUCAUUUGGCGCUUGAAUUGAAUGACUGUUUGAUAGAGAACUUAACGUUUGAUAAGUUUUGUGCGUCUAUUGACACCAAACAUAAGAUUUUCGCGAAUUUGGAUCAAUUGACCCGAAAAUUGGACUAUAAUUUGGAUUAUUUUGUCGUAUUUUCGUCGAUCACUUGCGGUAAGGGAAACGGAGGUCAGUCUAACUACUCGUUCGGGAACUCCAUGUGCGAACGUAUUUGUGAGCAACGCCGGAGGGAUGGCCUACACGGACUGGCCAUACAGUACGGACCCAUCGGCGAUGUGGGAGUGUUUGCAGAGACGGAUCAGUUGCUGACAAUGACAUCGAUUAGGAAACAACGGAUCCACUCGUGUUGCGACGUUUUGGACAAACUGUUGGCUAUUAACGCGCCAAUAGUUACCUCACACAUCAAAGUGGAUCAGGUGAAAGAGGGUGGCAGCCGUAAAAAACGAAUGGUAGCCGAAUUGUGGCGGGCGCUGGGCAUCGACCCGGAGACCACGCCCAACCACCUAACCCUGGGUGAGAUCGGCUUGGAGUCCAUGUUCGCCGUGGAGUUGCAACAGGAACUGGAGAGGGAGUGGAAUAUGAAGGUGUCUGUGAAUCAGGUCAAGUCGAUUACGGUGGGCAUGUUGAAGGACUACGAGGCCGGCAAUGUGGGCGAACUCAAGAAGCACGUGGAGGACAUUAAACGAGCGAGGACAUUCUUGUUAAAGCAAAAGUUUAUUAUACCCGGCGAGCGACACGUGCGCCUGAAUGGUGUGACGCAGGGACGGCCUAUUUAUUUCUUGCCGACCGUUAUAUUGAACUUUUCGUUGUUCGAGGAGUUGACGAAGAAGUUGAAACGCCCGGCCAUUGGACUCCAUUGGACCCGGGAGGUGAGCAAACUGAGCACGCUCAAUGCGAUCAGCAAGUAUUACGUGAAUCUACUAAAAGACCUGGAGCCUAAUGGCGGCUAUGAUGUGGUGGGCUAUUUCGAUAUGACAAUCACGUGCUCAAAGUUAAUGCUAAAAGAAAAAUAA